AGUAGUUCGUUUCGUUCGUUUAUCCCGCGUUUAUGAACAGACACGUGUUUGUGGUGUACGCUAAGUUGGAUUUCAAUAUUAGACUAUUGUUAGUUGGUUGCUGUGUUAUAGAUCAUUCUUCCUGAAUCAUCGCUGCAAGAAUUUGGACAGUUUGCGAAUCCAAAGAAUGUUCUACUCUGCGUUCAUGAAAUGGAACAAACGAGCUUCGCUUUACUGAUGGAGCUCUAGUCCAAGAGCGUAACGAGCGCAUUGCCACUGUAAAAAUUUGAUUUCAACAAUUGUUACAAAAAUUGUAGAUUGUUCGUAUCAGGUGGAGAAGAUAAGAACUGCUUAAAGUUGUAGCAAAAAUUCAUUUAUACGAGUAAAUUUAUUGGCGAACUGGAACGCGUUUACUCACGAAUGUUUCUCUGUCAAACGAAGUAUGGAAAUGCAGUGCAACAAAAUGAGUGCACCGAAUAUGGAAGGACAUACUACUAGGAAACGUAAUUCGAAUAGACAUCUAAAGGGGAAUCCGUCGAGUGCUCUUCGCCUUUCAGCACCACGAUACAGUAAAAGAAGAUUAUUAAAAAAGAUAAUGAUGCUUCCAAGAAAAGCAAGAAAUUCCCUGAAUGCCACAACGGACAACGCAUCCAAUACUUCCAUAAAUGAAGAUGAAAAUGUAAUGAACACACACAUGUUAGUAGAAGAUGGAAAAAUUAAAAUUCCCGAGAAAGUAACUGAGGAAUUUCAAAAGAAAAAGCCUGAAGAUCCUGAAUCCACUAUAAGAAUGAUGCAUCCAAAAAAAGCAAGGUAUUUCCGGAGUUGCGCAACGGGUAACGCAUCAAAUACUUCUAUAAAUAAAGACGAAAAUGUAGUGAACACCACAGUUCAAGAUGGGAAAAUUGACCUUCCUAAGCACGUAUCUGAGGAAGUUCGAAAGAGAAACCCUGAAGAUCCUAAAUCCACUGUCAGAAUGAUGCAUCCAAAAAAAGCAAGGUAUUUCCGGAGUUGCGCAACGGGUAACGCAUCAAAUACUUCCAUAAAUGAAGAUGAAAAUGUAAUGAACACGUCGAAGAUGGAAAAGUCUUCAGUUGGAGAUGAAAAAGUUGAAAUUCCCGAGCAAGUAAUUGAGGAAUUUCAAGAGAGAAAACCUGAAGAUCCUAAAUCCACCAUCAGGAAGGUCGAGGUGGUGUAGUUGGUGGUGCCAGAGCCGAGGCCGAAGAGGCAGAGGAUUUCUGUGUAGUGGCAAUCCACUAUCAUGAGAUGGUCGUAUCUGAGUUGGCUGCGGCCGGGAUGAAAGUGGCUGAGAUGGGUGCAACCUAAUCGGCUGAAGCUCGGCUGAAGCUCGGCUGGAUGCAACUUGGUCGGCUGGAACUGGGUCAUAAGGAGCCUGGUUGACGGUGGUCGGUUUGAGCCCACCGCGUGGACACAUUCUUCUCGAUUCCAUGCACAUCUAUUAUAAAUAUCUUAUCGUUGAGGUGCCUGACGACCCUAUGGGGACCAGUGUAAGGAGCGUCCACGGGGUUACGUAUGGUAUCCACAGGCUUGAAUACGUAUGAACAGCUCCGAAGGACGGAUUCACCAAGAGAACUCGAAGUGACCUCAUCGGUACAUGAAGCUUCUCCAGGAAUCCGAAGGGCGAGGAGGAGACGCUCUUCAACACGAAAAAGUUCUCCGAUACCCUGAGCGUCGAACCGAAAACCAUUUCCACCAGCGAGGCCUGGAGUUCUUCCUGAAAGUCGUGUGAAGGCCGAGUAGGACGGUUGGCAGCAUGUCUGCCCAUGGUACCUUAGGAUUGUAGAUUAGUGCUGUCUUGAGCGAGCGUUGAAACUACUCUACCAUUCCGUUGGAUUGGGAGUGGUAAGGCGUGGUGCGAAUGCAGCGAGCGACUAGGAGCUGCGACAGAGCGGAGAACAACACGAAUUCGGGUUCCUGAUCUAAAUUGAUGAUAAGUGGCGUGCCGUAGGUGCAGAUCCAAUGUGAGUAGUAACUCUUGGCCAUGGUCUCAGCCCACAUAUCUGCCAGAGGAACAGCCAGAGACCAUCUGGAGAAAUGAUCUAUUACCUUUAGGCAGUAUUGAAAUGUUCCAAUGACUGGCAUCUUGACGAUCUCCACGUAAAAAUAGGUCGAAUCUGUUGUGAGGCGCGUCAAAAUUGCUCAAGACCAUUCUGUUAUAUCUGUUGAUCUUGGCGCGCUGGCAGGGAUAACGGAAGAAUUUUUCCGUCAAGUAACGCAAUGUCACUUAGCUACUGGGAUGCGACAGGUCAUGGUCCGCAUUAAAGGCCGCAUGCCUCAGGGUUAUUAGGAGAUAAGGGCGUAGAACUUCCGUGAAAAUGUCACAAAACAUCUUUCUAUCCUCGAUGUGGAGCUUGGGCCGAUAGCUCCCCAUCCCCCUUUCGGGCCGCCCUGAUGAUGGCAGAAUCCAAGGAUGACGGGCAAGAGCGAGAGCGGGCAUCGACCACUGCGUUUACGCCACUCUUGAGGUAUUUUAUGUUGAUCGAGGACUGUAAAAUAAAGUCCAGCUAAUGUUGCUAACGAA